AUGUCCGUCACCACCAAAGCCACCAUCGCCUCCUUCGGCGGCAAGCUCCUCAAGCUCAGCCAUGCCGCCACCUCCACCAAGUGCGAGAUGUCCUUCAACCUCUACCUGCCGCCGCAGGCUUUUCAGAAUAGCAACCAAAAGAUCCCCGUGCUGCUGUACCUGUCCGGUCUGACCUGCACGGCGGACAACUGCUCCGAGAAGGGAUUCUUCCAGCACGGCGCCAGCAAGAAGGGCAUUGCCGUGCUGUAUCCCGACACCAGCCCUCGCGGCCUCAACCUCGCCGGCGAAAACGACGCGUGGGACUUCGGCACGGGCGCCGGCUUCUACGUCGACGCCACCAAGGCCCCCUACGAUGCCGGCUACAACAUGUACACCUACAUCACCGAGGAGCUGCCCGCCGUGGUGUUCCAGGCGUUCCCGGUGUUGGACGCGGAGCGCGUGAGCAUCACCGGGCAUAGUAUGGGGGGCCAUGGGGCUUUGACUUUGUUCCUCCGCAACCCCGGUAAAUACAGAUCCGUGUCGGCGUUCGCGCCUAUCUCCAACCCCAUCAACUGCCCUUGGGGCCAGAAGGCGUUUGGGGGAUACUUUGGCGAGGAGCUGCGCGACACCAAGUGGAAGGAGCAUGAUGCGACGGAGUUGGUGAGGAGGUGGAAGGGUGGGCCGUUGGAUGUGUUGAUUGACGUUGUAUGUGCCUAUCCCCUUUUGUAG